AUGCAGAGUCGUAUCUUCGAGCCAUUCGUCCAAGGAGAGGUCGGCCUGAAUCGAAGACACAGUGGCACUGGGCUCGGGCUCAGCAUUUGCUCUAAAUUGGCCAGCUUGAUGAAAGGCAAUAUCAGCCUGCAGAGCACUGUCGGUGUGGGGUCUACGUUUACCGUGAGGAUACCUUUGAGACAGGUCCUGGCUACGCUGACGACGAGAGCUUCUCAUGAGGCUGGCCAGUCGACAUCUCGCACACUCUCGUUGACCAAGUCGUCGGAGCAAGCCAAGACCGACUCUGAGAAAGGCGCAGAUAGCACAUCUGCCCCGACGGAGAACAAUUUUGCAAAGUGUGAUAUGGCAUUUGUACCUGCCUCGAACUCUGAGAAAGGCACACAGAGCACAUUUGCGCCCGCGGAGAACAGCAUUGCAGAGCGUGAUAUGGCGCUGGCUCCUGCCUCGAACGAACAGCCGGAGGAGAAAACGAGAGAUGCUUUGCCUGUAACACAGCCUGCGGUUGCCGCCCCAGUCGAACAGCCUGCGCCAGCUCCACGGGCACCCAGCAAACCACGCAAGAAGCCUAAAAAAGAGGCAGCCGACGAUCAACGAGACUUCAGCAAGCUCCGCGUACUGAUCGCAGAAGACAACAAGAUUAACCAGCAGGUCAUCCUGCGGAUGUUGAAGAUGGAGAAGGUUGUUGACACCACGGUUGCGGAGGACGGGCAAGAAGCGCUGGAGCUGGUGAAGACGUUGACGGAUCAUGAAUUGCCGGAUCCGUAUCCUUAUGAUCUGACCUUUAUGGAUGUCCAGAUGCCCAACAUGGACGGUCUCGAACCGACUCGGAAGCUGCGAGAGUUCAAGUACCCGAAACCUAUCAUUGCCCUUACAGCUUUCGCGGAGAAGACGUAUAUGGACGACUGUUAUUCUGCUGGUGCGUAA